AUGGCCCAAGCCUUCCAGAAAAGAGCUUGCGCGGUACGCCGCACACCCGACAUCCUAUUGGCGCACCCGGACCGCCGUGCCGCCGUCGCUCAUGACACCACACACUCCCAGGAGUUCCUUGGCCUCCGCUCGGCCAGCGGGUUGUGCCCUGUGACGAAGCUCAGCGUGGUCGAUAGGGUGUGGCCCGAGAGCGCGAGCUUCGAAGACACCGGCAUGCCUCUGAAUGGCCACGGCACCCACGCUACGUCCACCGCCGUGGGAAGCCCUGUGGAGUGUGCAUUGUUCUUCGGCUACGGGCAUGGCAUGCCCCAUGGAGCUGCUCCGCGCGCACAUAUCGCCUCGUACAAGGUCUUAUGGGACGACACGAUGAUGUCCGACGUGCUGGGCAGCAUGGAUGCUGCCAUCACAGACGUCGUUGACGUCAUCUCCGUCUCCAUUGAGUUCGGCCUUCAGCCGUUGUACACGGACCCUAUGGUCGUCACCUUGUUUGCCGCCAUGGAGUGCGGCAUCAUCGUGUCCGCGUCAGCGGGGAACGAUGGCAUGGAGGGUCUCAACACUUUGUACAACAGCGUCCUGUGGCUGCUCACCGUCGCGGCUGGCACGGCACGGUGGAUCGGUGGAUGUUCGCUGGCACUGUGGAUCUGCGGAUCCCCGGGGUACGAUUGGCGCCGGUGCUAG